AUGGACCACUGUGCGCUCUUCACCUUCAGUACAUUCCGGAAACAUUUCAUGGUUGCACAAUCUUCACCGACAAGGAAAAGCCGAAUAAGAUUGCCCUUUUACGGAUUAAUCUUUGAGCCUGAAGUAAUGGCUGGACCAGUCAGUCUGGAAUUGGACCCAAUUUUCUUGAAAGGUCUGAGUUACCUUCACUCAAAAAGUAAAGACUCAACUGAGAAACUCAGAGCACUGCUAGAUGAUGCCUUUGCAAGAGGAAGUGACGCAUCAUACCGCACAACACAUAAAGACAUGGAGAUCUCCAAAGGGUCCAUUUCAAAGCUCAUCCUGAAUAAACAGGAUUCUAAGUCCUCAUCCAGCUCUUCAUCAUCCAGCAGUAGCAGUGGAAACAGCAAAUCAACUUCAGAAAAGAUUAAAAAGGAGGUUGAGAAGAGGUCCUCUGAGAAGCUGAGAAUUGACUUGUCAGAUGUGGAGCCACCAAAAAAACCAAGACUUGAGAAACAGGAGAACCGUUCUUCACCUAUCACUGUGCAAACCAGCAAGGACCUUGUGUCAAAUAUCAGUGACUAUGAUGAAACGAAUGCAGAUGAUUUUGCCAUGGAAAUGGGGCUAGCCUGUGUUGUAUGCAGACAAAUGACUGUGACUAUGGGUAACCAGCUGGUGGAGUGCCAGGAAUGCCACAAUUUGUAUCACCAGGACUGUCACAAGCCCCAAGUGACAGACAAAGAAGUGAACGACCCACGGCUUGUGUGGUACUGUGCCAGAUGCACAAGACAGAUGAAGCGAAUGGCACAGAAACCUCCACAGAAGCCAUCUCCAGUCUCUGCAUCAUCAGUACCUGUUGUGAAGGAGACUUUGGUUAAAAAGACAGAGCUCAAGUCCAAACCAGACACAUCCAGCACUUUCCAUGCAAGCACAUUUCAAGCAUUCAAAAGGACUGAGGUCAAGGCCUCAACUACUUCAGCAAACCCCACCAGCAGCAGUGGCUCCUCCUCAGGCAGUGGGCUUACAGGCUGGGCUGCGUUCGGUGCCAAGACCAACUCUUCUCUCCCAACUAGCUCUAAACUGGGUUCUUCAAGCUCAAGCAGCAGCAAGACUCAAACCACUGCCCCCGGGCAGAAAACUGCUGGAUUGUCUGGACUAGCAAGUGCGAAGUCAGGCCUUGGAGGAGCCAAGAUCACCAGCAGCGGUAACGGAAACGGUUCGAGCCAGGUCCAGCUUAAACCCCCUCCUCCUCUGACUCUGGGUAAGCAACCAAUAAACCGAUCAUCCAGUGGAGAGAGCCAGGGGAAAGCAAGCUCAGGAGCAGGAUCUCCAGGAGCAUCUCAGGCAGCUGCAGGUGGGAACGGGGGCAACGGAGGUGGAAAUGGGAACAAUGGAAAUGGUUCAAAGGCAGCAUCUGGAGCCACCUCCCAGGAAUCCCAGCUCAGUGCCAUGAAACGCCUCCAAUUGGUAAAGAAGAAAGCGGCGCAGAAAAAAAUUAAGAAAUAA